AUGUUGCCCACAGAAAUAUCGUCUUGGUGUAAGUUUGUCGAGAUGGAAAUCAAUUUCUCCGGUUGGGAAGCGGUGGAAGAGAAGAGUGGACUGCGUACUGCUCAGGAGCCCACAUCAGGGCGCGUGUACACCAUGUUUCACGGUACAUAUCUGAAAUAUGCUGAGGAUAUAAUCGACAACGGUUUUCAACGGUCCCGAGAUGGACUGUUGGGAGCGGGUGUCUACGUGAGUCGCAACAUCGAUAAGGCAAAGUGCUACCCGCAACACACUGACAAAAAAGAUGCCGUGGUGUUCAAAUUAAAUGUGAGGGUGGGCAAAGUAAAGAAAAUUGACUGCGAUAACCAUCCACUCCAGAAAACAUGGCAUGUGGAGUAUGAUUGUGCCUGGGUGCCUCCCAAUAGUGGAAUCACUUCCAUCAAGUCAGGACGUGAAGAGGACUGUGUGUGGGAUCCGGCCAGGAUUGAAGUUGUGGAUAUUGCUUGCUGCAUUGAUGAUGAGACCCGCCACAAGCUGCGGCGUCAGAUUAAAACGAAGAAAAGGGCAGAGGAAGGGUCAGGAUGUAUUUGCCGUCAGGCGUCUUCCACCGGACCUCACCCUCUCCAAAACUGCUGGAAAUGCAAUAAGCAAAUUUGCCCCUUUCAGAAAAAGCACAAGUGUCCUAAUUUGUGUUAGAACACUAUUUUAUAGCAUAUAAAAUAUUUCACAAUUUUACUUUUCAAAUAUUAAUUAAACAUUGUAAGCAAAUCAUUUAGAGAAUAGUUAAUAAAUCUGCCCCAAAAAGGCACUCUACCCCUAUUUUGACUCCUGUGUAUGUCAGUGCCCAAAUAAGGGGCAACAUCUCACAGGAACCAUUCCACAUAAGACAAAUAUGUCUUAAAUCUCAAGACACAAGUCUUGCAAUUUUCAGUCUUGGUCACUGGUAGCUGAGAUGUUACUAUACAAUGUGGAUAGUAAAUACAGACCGGCAGUUCUAGUUAACAGUUACUGUUAACUAGAACUCUGCACUUCUGAUCCUUCAUCUUCUACUGUAUUCUCUAUAUACAUGACUUGUACUUUGUAUGAAAGCGUCUGCU